CUCACUAUCUCUUCGCACGCGGCCAACCUCCUUUUUUAAACUUCAUUCCGAUAUCCAUUCCGGUCUUUUAUGUUGUUGCAGGUUCUCCUGACCAGCGCCGCUGUUUAGCAGUGACACCCUCCCCCCUUCCCCCCAAUGCCUCUGAGAUCGAGCACGCGGGGCCGUGGGCCUCCAAGCCAUGACCCCGUGCCCCCAGACCAACUCCAGGCCCUCUGCUCAAGUGACGGCAGCGAGGACCUGAGACCGGCGAUGAAGAGGAGGAGGAGGCGAAGGAAGAGGAGACCGGCAAUGGCGGCAAUGGCGGCGGCGGCUGCGACGGACACAGAGCCGGUGGUGAAACGGCCGCAGCGUCGGAACAGAGACGGGGUCGGGGAUGAGCCGCCGGCCGUGGGGUCACGGUCACGAUCGGGGUCACAGUCGGGCUCAGGCUCGGGGGACUCCGAGAGCUCUGUGCGGCCGCGGCCUGCCUCGCGAGGGGACACCAGAGACGAGAGGACGCUGAGGCGGUUGGAGAGCAACGAGAGGGAGCGCCAGAGGAUGCACGGCCUCAACGACGCCUUCCAGGGCCUGCGCGAGGCCAUCCCGCACGUCCGCCGCGGACGCAAGCUGUCCAAGUUGGAGACCCUGACCCUGGCGAAGAACUACAUUGAGGCGCUCACCGGGGUGAUCGGGCGUCUGGCCGACGGGGAACGAAGGUUGGAGCAGCUUGUGGAGCAGCAGCAACAGCAGCAGGACCAGCAGGAGGAGCAGGAGGAGCAGCGAGGUGCAGAGGGAGACCCCGUGACGAGCGUCCCCGUUAGAGGAGUCCCAGUAAACGGGUUUCCAGUGAAUGGGGUCUCGGGGAGAGGAGUCCCAGCGAGAGAGGUCCCAGUUUCUGGCCAUUUUCGUCGCAAACAGCUGCGGCGCCCGUGCAUCGGGAAGUAGGGCCCAGGGGUCACGGUGGCUCUCUCCGCGUGGGCAAGGAGAUGGGGGGGGGCCUUGACUUGGUGAUCUUCAGCAUCUAUAUCGUCGUCAUCGUCUUACUCUUGGAGGUGGUGAAAUGAGCGCCGAGGUUACAAACCCUGGUGGUGGAGAGGUGGGGGGUGGGAAGGAAUUGAACAGUGAGUUGCACUCCUGUGGAUAGACUGGUCCCCGUCAUAGCAACGUGAAAGUUCCACCGUUCGAUUGGUCUAAGCUCAUUUUAGCGCGGAAACACUGACUUGGGUGUAUGCUGCGUAAAUCGAUAAUGAUCAAAGUAGGGGUUUAAAACAAUAAUAGGCUUUAGCCUUUCCAGCAAUCAUACAGGCGUUAAGAUGUUCAAAAUGGUCCCAUAGGUAAGGUAGGGGUUACCAGUGUGGUGUGCCUGUGUGCGUGACAACUGGGUUUACACCGCGUAGAUUGGAGGUUCGGAAUAGAAUGGGUGAGGAAGGCGUUGUGGAUGUAAUCAGGAAGAGGAGGCUGUUAUAGGCGUAACGUGUGGAGUGGAAGAGGACACGGGGAAGUAACUUGGAGGUUCUGCAUAGAGGAGGGCUGGUGACCGAGAAAGCCAUUGGAGUGGCACCCAGGGGUCGGUGACCACGGGGAAGGCCUAGAGGAGCCAUGUGAUGGUGGCGAUGUUGAGCUUGAGCACUCCUUGAAGGACCUGUCAACCCUCUUAGAAACGCGAAGACGUAAAGCGAGAGCGACGUUGUGGCGAUGAUUAUGGCAGUGCGAGAGCGGUGCUUGCUGACCUGCCCUCACUGGACAUCUGUGAAAGAGAGCUCCAUAGCCGAUUCCUCCAGGACGAAUAAACCGCCUGCUUCUGUGUCGCCUGCGGAAGAAGAGGGCCACUCUGAGGCGUGCGGUGACGACAAUGUCGAGAUCGUGACAGCGGUCCUUGAGGGACAUGUCCCGUGUGGAACAAAGAGGAACACCUCAAGCCAGGCUGUGGUGGCGACGAGACUCAGGCCAACCGUUGGGGGAAGGUCUAUCGUCGACAUCACGACACCGGAAGGAUCUGGCAGAAAGAAGGAAGCGAUGGCGACGUUGGAUGGUAUGCAGGGUCGCUUUGACCUGGACUUUCGGUUCUGUGACCCACGUGUAUAUUAGGUGAACUGAAGUGAAAUUUUUUUAAUUUUGUGUAAAAUUUCACUUUGCUGCAUCUCAGACGAGAGACGUAAAAUGUGCGGGUUCUGAAUCUAACGAGUGAUGUUGCCGAAGACAGCGUUUAAUUACGAAUGUUUAUUAACGAUGAAGGCCAUGCUAAUGAGAAUGAUCGUGGUGAUUUGGGGUUUGGUUAUUAUGUGAAAUACCAUAAUAAAGAACACACACUUGAUGAUGAAAGAUAUUGACCAUGCUACUAAAGAUGAGGUGUAUUAAAGACCAUGCUACACUGCCGAUUAAGCAGUAAGGAGUCAAAAUGAGUUAUUGGUUCAAAUUACCAAAUUAGUCGGUGUUUAUUUAUUAAUUACACCUCUGGUCCACUGGAGGAAAAUCCACAUUCCUAUGGCAGAUGGGCGAGUGCAUCCAUAAGACAAACCAACUGUUGACUUCCCCACAAAGUGUUACGCAUUGUAUCGACCCCCCCUGAUGGAGAGAUGAUUGGUUGAGCCAACACACACGCCCCAAUCAGGAUUUUAACUCCACUCAAACCUCCGAUUGUGAGCUACUCACUCUACCGUCGAGUCACGUGGCCGGUAAAAUUAAUGUUUUUCUGUAUUGAUGCUCAACGAUAACCGAAUAUUAAUUAUAUGCCAGCAAUAAUCAUGCGCGUGAUUGCAGCGCAGCAAGUAUGUGUGAUAGCGCUCCUUCCCAUCACCCCCACAACACCGUAACUUAGAGCGGUUUAUGUUUUUUUUGUCACGAAUCAAACAUCUGCCAGAGUUCACAUCGUGACGCGGGAGGUUUUUUUGUUGUUCUAAUCAUUAACCCGGGCAGGGAGCCACCAGCCGCACAGCUACUGGGUUUUCCCUCCACAUUUAGAAACGUGCGUUUAAGGGGCC